AUGGGCAAGUCGGACCGACGCCGCGGACCGAAACGUGCAAAGCCGUCCGUUGAAGAACAAGUCGACACCACAGAGGACUACUCUCACGGCCAAGAGGCGUCAUGGAUACGUGAUCAUGACGCAAAUGCGCCCUUCGGUCUGGUUCCAGCGCCUAUGCAGUCGUACUUCAAAGAGGUGAAUGCACAGCUCUCGCAGAUGAUGCAGGACGAAGAUCCUGCUGAACAAAGCGAAGAAAGAAAAAUGCUUCUUCAAUCUGCACUGGAUGAAAUGAACAAUAACGAGCUUAUUCUAGCCACGGACCCCACGUGCUCGUUGGUCUUGGAAAAUAUGGCGUCCCAGCUGGAUGAAAAGGCACUACGGAUACUUCUCGACCGCAUGACAGGAAGCAUGUCAAUGGAUACUCAACACGGGCAGAUGGAGUCAUCCUUGCCAGAUAUGAUGACAGAUGCUUUUGCCAGCCACACGCUGCGCUCUUUAGUGGCUUUAUUGGCAGGUGUACCUAUGGGCGUGCUCGAGGAUCUUCGAUCGAAGAAAAGUGCUAAGUAUCGCUCUAAGGAACGCCAAAAAUCGAUGGUGAAUGACUCAGUCUGGAACACCUCGGCCCAGCGUGUAAAUGUUCCGGAGACAUUUUACGAUACACUGUUCAAGCUCUACAAUUACCUCCAGUCUCAUUUAAAUGAACAGCAGGUUCAUGCUAUGAUGCCUGAUGCUGUAGCAGCUCCUACUCUUAGCCUGCUUCUCCGUCUUGAAGAUGGUCUUGCACGAGAGAAUCGAAGCUUGGCUUCCCUUCCGAACUCACUCACGUCCUUGGUACUUGGUCAGGUUCAAGAACGAACGGACUUUAUGGAAGCUUCGAUUCGUGAUGCUGUGGCCACGCAUGUUCUCGAAACAGCAUUGCAAGGUGCCUCCAACUCUUCUCUUAUCCACUUCUGGGAAACGUACAUCCAAGGACGAGUGGCUAAACUUGGCGGUCACCCUUGUGCCAAUUAUGUUGUGGCAACGAUGAUACGCAUAUUGCCCGCCGAGCGCGGUGCAACUUCAUCUCCAUUUGCGUUGGCUCUACAGGAGCUGAAACAAGCGGGAGACCAGCUGGUCAAAAAUCAAAUGCUGGGAGCGCUCCAAGCUGCUGUGGAGCGCAGUGUAGCUCUGGGAGACUAUGCCAGCGAUGUUCUUCAAGCAAUUGCGUCGGCAUUCCGCUUCCCAUCGGAUCCUUCCCAGGAUGAUAUGGCUAUAUUUGUACCAAUGAUACUGAGCAUGCACACUCGGAAAGCAUACCUGCACAAGACGGAGGAAAAUACAUCUACAUCUGCGACCAAGCGCAAACGCGGCGAUCGUAGCAAAGAUGAGUAUUCCACUCAAGGAAGUAUUCUCUUGCAGCGCAUGCUCCGGCUACCGGCGCCACAUCAGGAGUGGGUGUACCAGAGCUUAACGAGUGAUCGUCUCACAUCCUUUUGUCAAUCGCCUAGUGCUGCACACGUGGUCAUUGCAGCGUUGACUUCUUCCUCCGCAUCGUAUACACAGCGCCGUGCACUUUUGCGCUCACUUCUAGCUAUAUUGCCGGACCUGUGUGAUGAUACUUGGGGGAGCCGCGUCGCUGACACUUUUUGGUUGGCGGCUGAUGGCUUUACCAAGGAGAAGAUCGCGCAACUGGUGGUCCAACACGAAAAACGCUUACUAGCGUCGUCGUAUGGGCGCUUCUUUGUCCGACGUCUGCGCCUAGGUGCCUACCGCAAGAACGUGGACGAAUGGAAAGCCUGGGCUCAAACGGAAACAUUGCUUUCGGCGCCGGAGCCUAAGGUGAUGGCCGUAAACCCCUUCCUAUUUUUGCGCGAUUGUGCACCCUCUUCAUCCAAGAUACCACGCAAGCAAAGAAAUGGGGGGCACGCUGAGCAAGAACUGGAGAACAUUUUUUCCGUGAUAGAAUAA